UGAAGGGUAUCUAUACAGUAGUAACUGACGUAUAUCUGCCGAAGGAACUUUUAAAACGUAUUUCGUCGUUGUUGAUAGCAUAAAUCUCACACUGCAACUAUGACAGCAACCUGCCCACAGAUCUGAUGUUUCACGUCACUUUAUGUGUGUAUACACGUACAACAUUACGUACGUAAGUGUGACAAAGAAAUGCCCUCGUCGGUGACAUCAUGGGCUUUCGAUUGCUUGACAUACUGUAUUAAGUGUGUUCAGACCGUGAGUUUUACACACACUGGGUAUUUAUUGCUUUGAAUCUGCAUCGCCUUUGGACAAAAAUGGAUUCUUCAAACAUUUGACUGAAAAAAACAUGGGGUCGAGUUCGUCAAAAGGAAGCCGCUCGUCAUCAGCCGCCACUCGAACAGUGCAAAAACCGACUUUGAGAAAGCAGCAGAAACCUCGAGUAGGAACACUCAAAGCCGAUGGAACACCAGUACCAAUCCCUCCACUCACCAACAAAGCUGAAGUAUUACAAGGCCUCAACUUUGAUUUACUGGACGAGAUAGCAUUACAAGCUCCUUUGGACAUAUUACUGGGAACGUUUUGGGACGUGGUAGAAUACCUGGUCAUCACACCAGAGGGAGAUGUAUUGGAUGAUUUAUCGAAGGCCAGAAUGUUUUUCCGUUGGAUUACGUCAUUCGAUGUAUACACUAUUGACACGGAAAUCAUCCCCCCAGAGGAGUCCCCACUCGAAUACUUCAUGAAGAUCCAGUAUGACCUCGGUGACCACGCCCAUAUGUUUUACAGUCUAUGCAAGAUGGCUGACGUUCCUUGUGUCGUUAUAAAUGGAAUGAGUAAGGGCGGAGGCUACGAAAUAGGAGAAGCGGUAGACAGGGACAAAAUGCAAGGCAAAUGGAAUGCAGUCUUGGUGUCAGGAGAAUGGCGACUCAUUGAUACAUUCUGGGCAAAGGUAGCUGCACCGCGUCAUUCCUCAGAUGUUAUUUUUGUCGAUUCUAAAGGAAAAAUUACACGUGAGACAGAAGAUAAGAACUUGGAUUUUAGCGUAAAUGAGUUUUUCUUUCUGUGUGAUCCUGAACACAUGAUUUACACGCAUUUUCCAGACGAACAAGAGUGGCAAUUAAUGCACCAGCCUGUGGACGUUGGGGAAUUUGAACGAAAUGCUUACGUUAGAGAGCAAUACCAUAAACUGGGAUUGUCUAUCCCGCAAGAUUUAGGACAAAGGAACUGUGCUAUAAAAACUGAAGACAACGCAAUAAAAAUUGCACUCGGCAUUCCUGAAGAAAUAGCACAUAGCGUGAAAUUCAAAUAUGCUUUGUUACAAACAAGAAAGCAGGUGGAAACAGAAAAAGAAGUUGACAUGGUUUUUGAAAGAUUUGUUCGAAUGGAGCAUAGAACAAAUACUCUGACGUUAAAACUGAGAUUUCCCAUAACUGGCAGGUUUCUAUUUGACGUCUAUGCGGCUGACUCGUGGUCAUCAUCUAGGUACGAAUUAGUUUGUACAUAUAUUAUAAAUGUUUCAAAGAAAACGAAGAAUCAUAAGCCGUUUCCCGAUUGCCCUGUGCUUGGAUGGGGCCCAAAUCCAUUUUCCGACAUCGCCGGUCCCGUCCCUGUGGAACCAGAAGAAACUUCUAUUCGAACAUCGGACGGAAUUUGUCAAAUAUGUGUCUCUCGACGGGGCAUCCUGGAUAUCAACCAUGCUUUGAAAAAUGUUCUCAUGGAUGAGGCAGUGCUCACUAAACAUGCCAUAGGAAAGUUCGAGGAAGACAAAUACAUUGUAGAUCUUAAGUUACCAGAAGAAGGGGAAUAUGCGUUGAAAAUAUUUGCAUCAACACAACGAACAUUACCAAUUCCAACAACUGAUUUGUUAACAUUUCUUGUGAAGUAUGAAAAUACUUCAGGAAAAAAACCAAAGAACAUACCAUUUCCAAUCAUCGCAAGUGCUCAUGUUGGCAAGAAGGAUGCUUAUUCAACGCUUGGUAUACAAGCUUUAACAUACCACUCCGUAAGUGUCGACGUGCUAGAAGGAGAAGGGAGCUUUGUAUUCAAAGCGGAUGAAAAGGUUCAGCUACUUUGUGAAUUAGCUGGUGCUACCAAAGAAGGUCAAAGCAGAUUGUCUGUGCAAACAAAGCAGGAAGGAAAUAGGUGGAUAUUUGUAGUAAAUACGCCAAUAGCAGGCGAGUACUCGCUUAAUGUAUUUGCAAUUGAAAAAAGCGAUCCGUUGACCCUCCAUGAAGUACAAACAUAUAUAGUGCAAUCAAAAGGACGACCUAUCAAAGCUGUAAAAUUCACGGAUGACUUUGGUCCAGAUGAUAUCGUUAUUGAAACAAUAAAAACAUCAGAAGACAAAAUCGUGAUAUCCGUGCCCAAUCCAGUGGAUGGAGAGAUAUUGUACGCAAACAUCCGUAGAAGAGAUGCAGUGAAAAACGAAGACGAAAAUCGGGCGACCGUGCGCAUACAAAAGGAAAGUUUAGAAAUAUGUUUGAAAAGUGACGGGGAAUAUUUACUGGAAAUAUAUGAGAAGGAACAGGAAAAUACCGUUACUACAAUCGCGAGGUUUACUAUCAGCAAAAGUCAAUCUUUUAAAACAUACACAAGCGACAUAGACGCUCUUGUCAAAAUGCUCAAACCGCAAGAAAAAUCUCGUAAGUUUAAGAAUGCUCUCGAACAAAAAAGGCAGAGAAGAGCAUUGGCAAAGAAGAAAAAACAAGAUGAAUUACAUCAAAAAGAAAAGGAAGAACGACAGCAAAAAGAGGAAGAGGCAAAGAAAAAAUUACAAUUACAAAAGGAGAAACAUAGCAAAAAACAUAAAAAUAAAAACCUGCCUGAUGAGGAAGAGGAAACAGGAGCAAACGAGGAAGUACGUAGUAUAAGCCCAGAUACAUUAGCUACAGCAUUAGAGAUAGCAAAAGCAGCAGAACAUGAAGAAAGGGAAAAAAGGAGGCAAUCUACUGCUUCACGUAAAUCUAGAAGAGACUCAUCUGGAGGAACAGAUAUGGCAACAGGAAAUAUUAGCUCUGAAAGGUUGGCAGCUGCAGUUGCUUUGAUUACGACGACACAAAUGAAUGCACAUGCAAACGACAAGGAUAAAGAUACACAUACUGAUGUAAGAUCUGGCAAAGACACAAAUGACAAGACCACCCAUGAAUCUAGGGAAGGCAAGCAGAAUCUUGAUCGACACACCUUGAAUGCUGCGCUGUCUAUUAUUGUAGUUGUAGAAUCGAAAUCUAACCAUGGGAAGGAUGGCCAAACACCAACCAUUGACACCGAAGCAAUCACAGCUGCAAGGGAAAUAAUAGCAUUGGCUGAUGAAGAAGGGAUGACACAAGACGACAAAAAGAACCCUAAUGUAUCAGCUAUAAAUACAAAUGGACUGACUGAUCCUAAGACAACUGCUACUGCAACUGAAAUAGUAAUGGCAGCUAAAACGAAUAUAAUAGAUAGAAUGAAGCACCAAGAAAAGUUUCAUACUGAUUCGCCUAACAAAAAAACUAAUGUUAGUCAGGAGACAAUUUCUGCUGCAUCUUCCAUAGUAGCAGUGGCAAAACAAAACGCAAAAAUGAGACAUCGUGAUGGCGAAACAGAUGGGACUGCAUCAGAGAGUAACGAGUCCUUAAAAAAAUACGGUUCUUCUGAUUCUCUAAGUUCAGAAGUAAUUGCAGCAGCACUUUCUAUUGUGUCGUCAGUGCCGUCGAAUAUGAAAGCAGCAGAGAAAGGUGUCGAAGCACAGACGAAGAAUAUGAAGUUACAAUUAACGUCACGUGACAUAACUAGUGAAGAAAAUAUUGACCCGGAAACUUUACCUGCUGCAGUGGCUUUAGUAAUUGCUUCAAAACAGCACGAUGAAGCUGUGAAGAGGAAAAAAAUGAAUAGUUCAAAAAAGAAAGAAAAGCCACAAAAUACACUCACACCAAGAAAAUCCACGAAAGCUGCAACACAGUCGAACGCACAUUCCCAGGAUUCUAUUGAAAAUCUAAAUUACCCAAGCGAUGUCUCUAAUCUUUCAGCUCAAAGAGUAAAUCAAAAGACGCUAACUGAUGGCACUUGCAAUAUUGAAAAAUUCCAAAGAUUCCACAAACAAACACCAGAUAUCUAGUCAUGGUGCAAGUAACUCUUCAUCGAAAGACAUGUCUAAGUCAUCAUCCAUGACGCCCUCCUCUAACAAGAAUACUAUGAAUAAAAAGAAUAGGUCUAAAACCAAAGGACAAG